AUGUGGAUAUUAUCGUCCGAUGGUGAUUUCCUCCGUGGCAAACGAGUAUGGCUGAAGCCCGGGAAGCAAUAUCUAUUUGGCCGAGUGAAAAAGAACGGAGUGCACCAUGCAAUCGACAACGUAACUAUCUCGCGACAACAUUUGGUAAUUGAAGUCGGGCGGGUAAAGCCGGGGGAUGGAUUACAUGUCCACGCAAAAUCGCGGCUCAAAGUUACCGACCAGAAGACGAAGUGUGGAACUAUAAUUGACGGAGAGCCGAUCAAGGGCUUGAGCAAGGAGCUCAACAAGGACGAACACGUCAUCCAGAUUGGCAAAUAUCCACACCCUCUAAGGAUCAAGUGGCACCCUGUCGUUCUGAGCUUCUCACUUCCGUCAAAGACGAAUGAUCCACUCAGCCAAGCUCGCUCUAGCCUUGAAGAACUCGAUAUCAAAACCGUAGUCCCUUAUGUUGUUGGCAAGACAACCCACGUUGUUCAAAACAAACGCAAUACUUCAAAUGGGCUUCAGGCAUUGAUUAAUGGAAGACACAUCGUACACAAAUCGUACAUUGAGGCCAUUGUAUACGCGGCGGCACCUGGCGACCUUGAGAGUGAAGAAGCACUUUGUCCUCUGGAGGAGGAUUUUGAUGCCUUCUGGCCGGACCCAACACAGUACCUACCCCCUCGGGGCAAAGAACCUUCCCGGAGGUCGGACGCAGCCUACCAACCAGAUCCUAGCAGAGUUAACGUAUUCGAGGGAUAUACAUUUAUUUUCUGCGAUGGUAGCAGAUUUGAUGAUUUACAGGGCCCGAUUACGAACGGUCAUGGAAAAGCUUUGCUCUACGAGAUUGAACGUGGAAGAACCACUGCGGAGGAUAUAGUUAAUUAUAUGAAACAAGUUGCGGGUAACAAGGGAUUAGGAAAUUUCGACGGCAGUGGGGGUGUUAUUCUCGUGCAGUUUCGAAAGGCGGACGAGCAUUGCGAUUGGGAUAUAGAAAUCGAAAAUAGGGUCGCUUCACUAACAGGUCAGAAGAUUGUUGAAACAAAUGAGUUUCUAGAUGCCAUACUCGGCAAUGACGCAUCCUCGCUUAUCCGGUCCUACCGGAUGAAUCUAUUUGCGAGUGAAUCGCAAGUACUCGGCGAACGAGUGCCGAUGGAGGAUGAUGAACCCAGGAGGAUGGGGUUACAUAACACAAAGGCUGCCAGCCACUCAUCGAAACGAUCUCGUACGCGGACAUACGUUAGCAAGUUCAAGACAUUCGACGAUGGAUUCGACAUGGAUUCCAUUCCGAUGUAUACUCUGGAGCAUGGUAGCGGAUCGGAGGAAACCUCUCAAGCUCGGAUUCCUGACUCCUUACUGGGCCAAUCUCAGACAAGUAUACACUUGUCUGAAGGCGAGGAGAUUGUCUCAGAACUCUUGCCAGGCGCUGCAGCGAUGAAGAUACGCCUUGCAGAAGGUCGGAAACGAGCCAAAUCUACCCCUCCACCUGAAGCCUCGCAGAAACCAAAGAGGGCAAGGUUGAAUGUAAUGGAAGCGGCCCGGCAACGUCGCCUGGCUGUUGAUGAAGAAGCCAUGCAGCAGCGAGAACAAGAGGUUGCACCCUUCUGUGCGAUGACGGAAGGAGUUGAGAUCGGACAAUUGCGGAACCUUGCAAUUGUUGAAGAGAUGGUGAUGCCGGCAAUGUCUCACGAACAGGUAGACCCAACCCACAGCGUCAGGUAUGAUGAGCGCUGGAGUGGACGAAACAACUUUAAAAAGUUUCGGAGGAAGGGACAUGGCUGUCCAAUUCCGCAUUCUGUUCAACCUGUUAUCGUUCCGUUGGAAGAAGUUAAGCGGAAGGACUCUGGCCUUGGCGAGACGUGCUGGAGGACAAGGCAGCCGAAGUCCGCAUGUCAGACUUCCAAUGAUCGGACCAAGGAGACUCCAAGUACUUCACACCCCAUUGUUCUGCGAAACAGAUCCCUCACUCCACCUUCAAGGAUUGGUAAGCGAUCUCGAGAUACGCGAGUUUCAGGGGGGUCUGAUAGUGAUGAUGGGUUGAGAUUCCGCUUUAGAAUAAGGAAAGGAAAAUGAAAUCUCGCGCGGCUGGAUCUCACACCAAAGUUUUGAAUGGCGCUAAAAUGUGUAGCUAUCCCACCCAAACUUAUUUUGUCGGAAACAGGUCAUGACCCGUCAACGUUUCGGCGAUGAUUUCCGCAAUAAACGUCCUUCUCUAACGCUUUUGGUUCCACAUAUGGAGGUAAAAGUAAAUAUCUAUUUGGAAUGGAAGCCCCAAAACUUGCGUAAAAG